GCUUGGUGUCAUGCAAAAACAGUCUCAAAAAAAUAAUUCAAGGGCAAGGCCUAUAAAUGGCUGCUAAUGCAAUGGAUUUGUUAUUAGACGGGGCUAGUGAACUAAUUAAAGGCCCUAAGUAUUUUGGUGAAUUCAGUUCCUGUGAGGUAUGUGUUUUCGGAAUCUAGUGAAUUGGUGUUUUUGUCUCCUCGCGUAGUUUUCGUGGUAUGAUGUUUAGUGCUGUCCCGUCGUCUCUCAGCAAGAGUCUUAUUUACAUGGAGAUUCUUUACAUUUAGUGAAUUUGUCUAGGCUAUGGCUGAAGAUGUUAGUCAAAAAACACCCAUAGUGGGAGAUAAUAGUAAAUUAUCCAAAAGUUCCAGUAGAGCCUCCAGCGAUAUUCACUGUAACUGCGGAGAUCUGGAUAAAGUUUCUGGGCAACCCACACCUCUAUCGUCUGGUAACAACCAAAAGAAAAAGACUUCUUUUCAAAUCACUAGUGUUACUGUCGGUUCUAGAGUGAGUAAUGAUGGUGGCGAAGAUUCUGCUGAUGAUCUAGACGAGUCGCACACCGAUGACAUGUCGGAUGUGAUAGAUACCUCACGAGUAACAGAUGUCGAAAAUGAAACACCUAGUUUCUCUGAAGACACAUUUUCUAAAGAGGAUGUAUUUUUCAACUCAUCCACAUCGUUGGGAUCCGCUCCUGUCAUACCCACAAGCUCUCAGUACGGUUUAGCAAUUGUUUCUGCCCCAGACAUUUGUAAUAAUAGUAAUUCCUCCGCACAGUGUGGUGCUAUAUCGAACAAUGAUUUACAUGUGACUGUUGCAGAUAGUGUAUUAAAUCUUAGUGUUUUAGGUGCAAAACAACACGAGGCUGAUAUGAGGGACCUUCAUAAUCAUCCUGGUCGCAACGAAAGGUUUAAAGUGGUGAAAAUAGAAAGCACAGAACCAUUCAAACGUGGACGUUGGGUCUGUAUGGACUUCUUAGAUCAUUCUAUUGUCCAAUCAAAACCCAAUUCUAUUAGUAAACCAUCUGAUCCUUCUGACAAUCAAUCUGGGCUCCAUACUGGGAAUGAUAGUGGAAUUUCUGUAGCUGAUUCAAAUUUAGUCAAUGAUGAACCGGUUAGUUCUGAUCAUGUAAAUAGUAGCAAUAAUCAUGCUCAGAAUGAACAAAUCACAUCUGCAUCCUCUGGACUGAACCAAAGUUUGCCUGGACAAGCCCAAAAUGUACCUGGGUCCAACCAUACUAUGUCCGGACAAAAUCACAGUGUGUCUGCUCCACCGCAGAGUGCACCAGCAACUCAUUCCAAUGCGUCUCCUGGACAAACUCUUCAAUUCAAUCCUGUAAAUUGCUCACAACCCCAACAGCAUGCUCAAAGCAUGUCUCAAAUUCCAUUACAGCAGACGCCUAAUUUUAUUAACCAGAACCAACAUCAAAGCUUGCAGGCUCAGCAGCUGCAACAAGCAUUGGCGAAUGCAAAUUAUCAGAUGCAAAACGCAACGAACAGUAAUCAACAACAGCAGCAUAUGAAUGUGAACAACGUAAUGCAGCAAUCAAUGCCAAUGCAACAGCAUGUCCAACAACAGUAUCAAACAUCAAUGCCUCCGCCGCAAGUGGUACAACCAAUUCAGGUACAAAAUGUCCCUCAACAGCAGUUUCAACAACCACAACAACCACAGCAGCAGCAGCACCAACAGGUGCAAAUGAUGCAGCAAAUCCCUGUAUCACAACAGCAGCCUGCAUUUGUGCAACAAUGUACCCCUGUUGUUGGUUCUCAACAGCCAGUUGUUCCCCAGCAGCCACAACCAAUGCCGCAGCAAGCUCAACAGUAUUACACAAACCCUUCAGUUGUCCACAAUUCUAAUGCCUUGAGUAACCAAGUUCCUAUCAUUAACUCGCAGAACCAAAAUUUAACAAACAUGAUACCCGUUCAUCAACCCCAACAAGUAGUAAGUACGAGUCAGCCUCAGCAAAUAAUGACGCAACAGUCUCAACCACAAGUUAUUAGUCAGCCUAAUUCAAUGCAAGGCCAGCCUCAACAAACAGUGCCGAUAAUUUCAAAUUCCAUGCCUGCGCAACCUCAAACUCAGACUAACCUUAUCCAAUCACAGCCAGUCAUGUCUCAGCAAUCUCAGGCUCAGCCGAUGAUGACCCAACAAAAUCAGAUUCCUAAUCAACCGCAACAACAGAUGAUGUCACAAAAUACGGUUGUGCAGUCUCAGCCGCAACAUAUGAUGGCUCAGCCGACAACACAACAGAAUCAACCACAACAAAUGAUGGGACAGCAGUCUAACUCACAGUCUCAGCCCUCGACUCUGAUAUCAAUACAGACACAGCCCCAGCAAAUGAUGCAGCAGCAAGCGCCCAUCCAAACUCAGCAAGUUAUCUCGCAACAGCCAGCAAAUACUGUUCAGCCCCAGCAGUUGCUCGCUCAGCAGAUGCAAUCACAUAUGAUGUCGCAGGCAAGCACACCCCCAGUUCAAUCACAACCUAUUCUUACGCAAACUAAUCUACAGUCGCAACCUCAGCAAAUGAUGACGCAGCCGUCUAAUCAAGUUCAACCUCAGCAAUUGAUGAAUCAACAAUCCAACAAUAUUCAACCACAGCAAUCGGUGAUGCCUCCUCAGACAAUGGUUCAAAACCAAAUGAUGCCCCAGCAAAUGAUGGCACAGCCAUCUAUGAUGCCGCCAACCAAUCACAUGACAAAUCAACAAGCUAAUUUUACUGUUACCAACAUUCAACCGACAAAUCAGCCAGCCCAGACCCAGCAUUUACCGAAUUAUCCUGUAUCUCAACCUUCAUCGGGCCAUCACUACAUCCCGUCUUCUCUAAACCAGCAAUCUUAUCCGUCUGCAAUGUCAAUGCUAAAUGAAGUGGAAAUAAGUGAAAACAAAAUGAUUGAGCAGCUAGGAGUCCAGUCUACACUAGUUGAAUCUCUCAAUGAUGUCCAAAAUACCACCAACAAUGGAGACGAAGCGCAACUGGAAGAUCAUGCAGAUUCUGAAAGCUUCACAGGGUUGGCAAAGGCUCUAUUGACCAAAUCCAGUCGCUUGGUACAUGCACCUCCACCUGUCUCUAAAAUUGUUCAUUACGCUAAAACCAGUGGCAGUGCAUCUGGAACCAGUGCAGUUGCGAUCGAUAACAAAAUCGAACAAGCAAUGGACCUUGUCAAAAGUCAUUUGAUGUUCGCUGUAAGAGAGGAAGUGGAAGUAUUGAAAGAAAAAAUUUCGGAACUAAUGGAGCGGAUAAACCAGUUGGAGGCGGAAAACACAUUGUUGAAGCAAAACGCAUCACAAGAAACGCUGGCGCAGCUGCCGACGCCAGCUCAAAAUCAGCCUCCCAGCAAUGUUCCUUAAAUUGUUCCGACAAGAUGCCUGUAAAAUGUCUGGCAUCGAUGGUGGAAUUGCGUCCGUCAUUUUCUUGAUCUAGUCCAUUUUUUUUUUUUUGUAAUUUAGUAUUCUGUCUGACGACGGAUACUGUUUUGUACAGUGACUUGUACACUAUGACUGUUGAUUCAUCUGUCAGCACUGAAAGCGACGAAGAGGCAAACGGGAACUUGAAUAGAUGGGUGAAGACCAAGUGCAAGAAAUGACACGACAAAAUGACUCUUGAUGUCAUAAAUUUGUUCUUGCAUUAUGUAUGAAAAGCUAUAGAACAGAGCUAAAAGGAAGUAUAUUUGAAAUGAGUCUUAAUAUUUACAUGGAGGAAGGAUGUAACCUCCAUGUGAAGAUACCAUGAUUCAGCUCCCGUCUAUUUGUUUCCUUGCAAGCUAUAAAAUGAAGUAUGGUGUAUUGGAACAAAUUGUUGUCUCUUCAUCCUCUUGAAUUCCGGUGUUAGCAGAGUUCAGUCCCCGAAAAGGACCUCCCAGAAAGUAGGCAAGUUAAAGUUGGAUUUAAGCAUAUUGUCCGAGACAAUCAGAAGUUCCUGAUGUCCUAGCUUUUAUCUAGAGAAAGUUUUCGACUGUAAGUCGAAAUUUUGUGUUUGGAAAUCUCAUGUUUACCUGUGUUACUCAUAGUUUUCUCAAGAUUGGACGAAAAGAAUUUUAAGUUAUCUAAUGGAUUUGAAAUUUAAUUAUAAUUCUUGAUCAUUUAUAUGUGUGUUGUACACACCCUAAUGAUUUAAUCAUGAAUUUUCCAAUGCUAUAUGACAAAGUCUUUGAUUUCUUACUUUUCACGAUUUCUUCAGCUAAUCAGAAAAUUAUGAGGGAAAAAAUCUUACAGAGGAUUACCUAACACUUCUUCUCUCUCUCUCUUUUUUUUCUUGAUCUCCAGUUUCAGGUUUUCUUUAUCCAUAUUUUUUUAGUACACAUCCCCUCUCUAAUUUAUUCGCUUUCCUCACUUUUUUUUUCGCAAGGUUGUUACUGCUUCCAUUGUCAAUCUUUUUAAAAUCAAUAGGAAGUUUGUGAUCAUGUAAUCCAUCUACAACCUCAUAAUUAAGUUCAUUUCUUUCGAAAAAGGCUUUCCCUCCUCCGUUAGAAUUUAUAUUUUGAUACUAAAAAGAACAAGAUCCUCUUUGUCAUACCAUUAUUACAAUCAUAGGUAAUAAAAUACAGUCCCUCUUCUUAUUUUUUUUACGUUGUUAAAGAUGAACAUUAACUCCGGAGUUUUCCUCCAAUCUUGUAGGAAAUUAAACCACCUACUCCUCUAAAUUUUAUCAUAAACUUUUUUUUUUCUUGCACAAGUAACUUUGCAGAGCUAUGCUCUGUCCACAUUUUCACCAUUUUUUAAUCAUAAAACGGUGACCUAUUAAGUUGCCCCUCGUAUACUUUGAUCAAAAAUUGGAAUUGGGAAUAUUCAAGUAAAGUAUAAAAUGCAACCUCCCUCCCAUUAUUUUGGAAGUACCUGCUCUGUCAAUCUUAUCACUGUCAUUUUAAAUAGAAAUUUAAAGAAAUAAAAAUCCAAUCAUUUAUUCUGUAAGAUAAAAUCCACCUCUCAGAAUACUUCAAGCAUUAUUCUCCCCUUAAUUAUCUGAUACUGCUUCAAAACUCUUGAUGCAUCAUCAUUUUGAUUUUUUAUCUAAUCUUGCUAAAUUUCUUCAAUCAACCUUAAUUGUAAUAUUCACAUAAUGUCUUUAACACCAUGCUUGUUGUAAGCAUUUUACUCAUAAGGAAAAAUGGGUUAAUUUUGAAAAUCGCAUCAAUCUCAUAGAUUUAUUUUCUUUUUCAAAUUUUGGUAAACGUUUAACCAUGAAUCAUUAUUUAAGAGUUAACUUAUUCUCCUCAUAAUUCAGCUAUUAUAUUUUUUUAGAAAGUAAUUUUCUAUUCUGAGUAUUCUCAGUAUGCGUGAUCAUAAGUUAUUGUUAUCACCUGAGCAUAUAUCUUUCCCGCAAACAUUUUGCUGUUCCAACAGUAUUUUUGAUGUUGUCUCAUCAAUUCUAUCAGUCUCUCAUAUUUUGUCGAUUUUACCAUCGCUCCAUAACCUUAACUCUGAAACACAGGAUUAUCAUAAAAUAGCCCCUCCUCAAAUAGGUGUAGAGCUUUGUUAUUUUGUUCCCUUCUUGCUCACCUGAUCGUGAUUGAUUGCAGAAAAGCUCUAUUAGAGGGUUGGCUAACCUAACAGAUACUAUUCGACCUGUAAUUAUAUAUUUCAUAGCUUUUACACACAUUAGAUCACACAAUGAGGGGGCUUCAAAGACAGCACAGAAUUCUUAUUAAUAUAUAUCUAUCUCAACCUUUCAGCUUUUACUCCACUAUUCCAACAUUUCCAGUUAGAGUCGCACUGACAUUGUAAACAGUGUAUCAAUUAGAUCAAAAUUUGGGCAAAUUUGAAGUUUUGUACCCAAAAAAUGACUUAAGCUUGAGCUCAUGUCUAAUGGAUCAUUUUUAACCCACACAAUUAGAGAAUUCACCAAGAAGAAAAGUAUUGCCUUUGACACAGGCUUCAACUGCUGUAUCAAAGGUAAUAAUUAUCUUCAAGACAAAUUAGAUUUUUUCCGAAUUUAGCUGCUUUUUUGCAACUCAGGAUUAAAAAAAAGGAUUUGCAUCGUUGCACUUGCUAUCAUCAUGUAAAACUCUUUAAGUUUGCCUAGAACUUUGAUCUGACAGAUAGGAUGUAGAAAAUGUCAGACAGUCAAACCCUGACUUGAAUUAGCUUAAGAAAUUUAAAACUUUUCCUCCAAGCUCUUCUCAGUCAUGCGUCCCUUUUUCUAAAUUUAACCUAACAUUAAUUUGAUUUUAAAAGCACACAUCUGUGAAACCAUGAUUUGAGCCUAUCAUUGCUCUGCUAAAAACAUUAGUGUACCUACAGCUUUUUUAAUAGCUCCAGCUAAUGAACAAAAAGCUUGCUUUGCCGAGCUACUAAUCCUAAAACAGUUUGGUGAUAAUUUAUUUUAAGUUAUCUGUAGUCAAAUUUUAACAAUCGUGGUAAGGUAUCGUUUGUAUGAUAAUCACUAUUUAUAUUUAUUUUUUAUUUAUGAACAUUGAUAUUGUCACCUCCAUUGCUUUGUAACGUCAGAUCACGCUCUGAUGAUUGUGGUCUAAUAAUCCUAAAAAAUGUAUCCUAAUAUACUGCUAUUACUUGUAAACGCCUUGACUAGAAUAAGUAAGAAGAUAUUAUUCUCCGUUACCAUUCACAAUCUUUUAAAAGGAAGCAAUGUUUACUUUUUAAUAUAAUACUGAGAAAUCAGCAAAAAAAAAAAAAGUAUUUUAAGAUAAAAAUACUUCUGUCUCCAACUUUAUGCCCCACUUUAUUCUGCCGUGCUGAGGAAAAACGCCACAUGGGCCUUCACCCCUUCAGGCAUUGUCAAAUUUCCUUUGAUGAAACUUACAUUUUCAGGAAAACUUUGGAAUAUUUUCCCCCCAAUUUUACAGAGAAUUUAAUCCGCAAUUCAAUCUAGUGCCUGAAAAUUUCAAGGAAAAAUAUUCAUGAAUUUUCUUAAAAAUGAAUGGUGCACAGGGAGAAAUUUGGGAACAUCUGGAUAUUCAUACAGCGCUCUUCCUUAGCACGGCAGUAUUAAUAGUAAGGUAGUUUCAUAGUUUCAUAUAAAGAAUAUCUUGCACAAGAAGGGACCUUCUGAGCCAUGUUAUACACUGCAGUUUAGUGAAAUUCAUUUAUGAAGAUAGAAGUAUUCUCUUAUAGUUGAAUAAAACACCUAGAAUUUGUAUCAUCAUUUACAGCAAUACAGUUUCUCUCAAGAAAAUGCUCACCAUGAAACAUGAAAAAGAGUCUAUGACAAUUUGUAACAACUUUAUAUGAUGGGCAUUUUCCUAUACUCCAGGCACUCCGUACUCCAGGCUGUGUGAACUUUUGCAAAGUUCAUUGCUAAAUUGUCCUGUGACGUAAACAAAUUGGGAAGGAACUGUUUUUGAAACUUUGAAUUUAUCAAAUAUUGGUAGCAAUCUCUCAAAAGGUCCCUGGUUAGUAUUUUUUUUCUUUCUUUCUUUAUUCCUAAUCACCCUCCCCAAGAAUUUGCAAGGAAAAUAUUCACACAUUUAUAGCACACUAUGUUUCAUCAGUAGAAUUCUGUGUGUUUAAAUAUUUUCCUCAUAAACCUCCCUCCCUCUUUUAAAAUAUGUGAAAGAUUCGAACUUUCCUGAUAAUGAGGAGUGUAAUAUGUAAUGAGGUAUUUUGUAUUAUCUUUGGAGGAAAGCAAUCAUUGAGAGGUUUAGUUUUGUUCUAUUAAAAAAUUAGAAGGGGGUUAAUUUUUGAAAAUUUCUGGUGGUCAAUUAUCAAAAUGCCUCAAGAAAAUUACGAUUAAGAAUCCUAGUAACCUUAGAAAAGGUAAGAAAGGUUUGAUGGCUGUGUUAAAACAGAAAAACAAGAUACUUGUUUAUUCUAUUUUCCUACUUUGUAAAUAUUUGUGAUGGUUAUAUUAUUAUGUCCUUUUUUUGUUAUUUUUUAUUUAUUUUUUUUUUUAAAUUUGUUAUAUCAACAUCAUGUUAAUUCAUUUUUUGUGGUGAAGUAUUUUCCACAUAUUUUCUUUCAAUCAUCUCCUUCAUAGAACUUUUUUGCCCUCUGUUACUUUUAUCCCAAUUUGUUGUAAUGGUUUUAUUCGUUUUUCAUGUGAACAGCCUACUUGAUUUAUUUUUUCCCUCAUCCUUAUUAUUUACCCAUUACAACUGAAGUCCAAGAGCUCGUCAAACUGAACUCGUUAAGUUUUAAUUGAUGAAAUCACUUAAACAUCAAAUCUUUAAACUUUUUUCUCCUUCUUCAGCUGUAACUGAAAAAUUUAUACUUCUCAGUUGGUGAUUGUUUUUAAAUUAAAUUCAGCAGUGAGAUGAAAUAAUCCAUGACCAUCCUUGCUCAAUAUUUCUUCAAGGAUAAAUUAGUGUAUAAAUUCAAAAUCAAAUAUCUUGACAAAGUUUGUAAUCCAAGUCAUUUAGGAAUCUUAUGUUGGUUUUUGGUAAACAAAUAGAGGGCUUCUGCUGUGAAAAAAAGAAUAAAUAAGGCUGUGUGAUGGAAGGAGCUAGAAAUACAGUCAUGUUGUCAUGUGAAUGGAAGAGAUCUUUAAUCUGGAAGAUAUCUGCAAGGCAACUUUGCACCAUAGAUCCUAGUCACUUUGAUCAUACAAAGUAACUGCUUCUACCAGCUCUUCUAACAGCAAAAUAUUUAAAGUGUAUCGUGAGAUUUUGUUAGUACAGAUCAAAUCAAUCUGAUUGAUGAAUUUUUUCUUUUAGGAAGAAUUUUGAUAUGUACUGCAACUUCAUAUAAAUUUGCAAGUACUGGCUUUAAAAUUACAGGAAGGAGUUGAUUGGAACCUUUACUCUCUUUUGUUCUCAAUGUUGAAUUGUUUGUAUUUUCACUGAAAAAUCUUUCUCACAACAUUUCUUUUCAAAUAACUUAUAAUAUUUGAGGCUACCACCUGCCUCUGCAAUCGAAUCUAUCUUGACUUAUUCCUGCAAACUACAUCUCCUCCUUGCCACAGUCCUUCAUAUUUCUAGAUCAUCACCCUAACUGAAAGCUUUAGCAACUUCCAAAUAUUUGAUUGAAAUAUAAUUGAGGAUUACAAAGAAAACACAGUAAAAAUGUGUUUGAUUUGAAUUUCUAGCCUUCAACCAAUUCUCCUUAUUCGUAACUUUCUUAAUUUUUCUUUGUCGCUUAAUUUUUUUUCCUCAUUGUUUUUGUUUGAAAACUCAAAAUAUUUUGAAGACGAUAAACUCGCUUCUUUUGACCAACGCAUAUUAAAAUAUGAGAGGAAGAGGUGUAAUUAAGCUUAGUCUAUAGCUGAGUUAUUACACAUUAUUUUUUAAAUUUAUUUGUAUAUUUUGAAUGUAAAGCUUGUACAGUUAGUGUGAAUGAUUAAUUCUAACCUUUUGUAAACUUCACGAACAUUUGAAUUUAGCUUGUAUUGCUAGCAUAAAUUAAUUGAUGAUGAUAUAGGUAUUACUUUUAGUUUUUACCAAACUGUAUUCAAGCAGUGUUUAUAAGUCUGACAUGUUUGUUGUAUAUAUUUGACUUCGAUUGUAUGUAUAAAAUUUCCUUGAAUAUAUGGAUUCAAAACACCUCA